UUUAUUAUUAACAACAUUUGUAUCAGAUUCAACAAAGUGAUACCUAGCAAUAGGACGUGAUUAAUAUUUAUAGAAAAAUAAUUAAAAAUUAAGUGAAAAUAAAUAAAUAAUUUAUAUAAUUAUUAAAAUACAGUAUUGGUGUUUAUUAAAUAGUGCUUAAGAAAUUUUAAUAAUGGAUAAGUGUCAAUAUACAGAAGUUCCAAAUAUAACUGAAAAAGUUGUGGAAAUAAAGAAGAAAACUAACUGGAAACCCUUUUUCAAACAGUUGAUAAUAGCCAGCGGAGUAUGGACGUCAGUGUUCCUGUACGGGCUGUGCGUGGGCGCACCCACCAUGUUCAUCCCGCAGAUCCGACGCGAGGCGAACGAUACCAGCGUCAUCACUGACGACAUGGCUUCUUGGCUCAGUUCUGCGUACAGCUUUAGUGGAUUUCCCUUCGUCAUUAUCCUCUCCAUCAUCACCAAGUUCGUCGGCAGGAAGAUACCUUUCAUCAUUGCAGCCCUGGAUACACUGGCUGCCUUCAUCGUCCUGUUUUGUAGCACCACCAUCACGCAGUUAUUGAUCAGUGAAAUAAUGCAAGGAUUGUUCUCCGCUCUGAACACAACCGUUACUGUCAUGAUCCUAACAGAAUAUACCUCACCAAAGUAUAGAGGCAUAUUCCUAACAAUCAAAACAGCUACGUUCUACUGGGGUAUUUGGACCUCCAAUGCGAUUGGCACAUUUUUCCAUUGGAAGAAAAUCCCACUGUUCGGGAUAGUAUGUUCUUUGUACGCCUUGAUAAAUGUUAUGAUGUGGCCCGAGUCACCUGUCUGGUUAGCAAGCAGGGGGAAAUUCGAAGAGUGUGCAGCUGCACAUCGGUCUCUUAAGGGAUGUGAUGAAGACUCAGAGAAGGAAUUGGAAGCUUUGAUAGCGUCUGAAAGGGAAUACCUCGCUAGCUGUGAUACAAAUCUAUCUGCAAAAGGACAUAUCAUUCAAUUCUUUAAAACAAUCAAAUCUAAAGAAUUUUAUAAACCAGCCUUACUAUCUAAUUUUACCGGUUUUUUAGGAUUCUGCUCAGGUAAAUUAAUUUUUGCUGUGUAUGCUAUAGAUGUGCUAAAGAAAAUAACAAAAAGUGAAUCAACGGCGUACGUUGCUAUGUUAGUUAUAGAUGGCUUCACAGUAUUCAGUAUGUACUUAGGUUGUAUAUUAGCUAAACAUUUCAAUAGACGCAGUUUGUUGUUAGUCGCGUCUGCUAUUGGUGCUGGAUUUUUAUUUGUUUUAUCAUUAUAUCUAUUCUUGAUAACUAAGAAUGUAAUUGCGGAAAACAAAUACAUUACUAUAUCUCUGUUUGUAGCAUUCUCAAUAGCUGUAAGUUGUGGUCCUUUGACUAUGUGUAUGUCAGUUUUUGGAGAAUUGAUUCCGCUGAGAUCUAGGAAUUUAUCAAUUUGUUUUAUAGCUUUGUCUGGGAAACUCAGUAUUGGUAUUGCGUUAAAAAUAGCUCCUUGGGUGUUUAAGAACUUUGGUAUUGAAGGAGCAGCAUUUUCGUUUGGUGUCAUAUCGUCAAUAGUAAUAAUGUUUUUGUAUAAAUAUUUACCAGAAACGAAAGACAAAACAUUGCAACAAAUUGCAGAUAAUAUAAAUGGCUCCAAAACAAAGAAGGCAACAGCAAGUUUGCUUGACGUAUCGACUAAAUAAUAGGAUAUCGUUAUACUAGCUAGUAGUAAGUUCUAUAGAGCAACGAUGUUCGACGUUCAACGAUGUGUACGAUUGCUCAUUGCUACAUUAUCUGUGAAUCUACUCUU